AUGACCCAAUUUGGAAGUUAUUUCUAUCUCCCCCCUUUUAUACCCUCCCUUCGUUCCCCGUUCCUUGUGUUAUUAGACAAAAAAGACAAAAUGGGUCGACCUCUCUUCUCAAAAACAUUGCGGUCCACUCCCGUGGUCAGAGAACCAGAAGACGGCUCCUGUCCUUACGAGAAGUGGUCCUACGUAAAUGCUUUUGAUCCCGACUCCGACGAGUUCCAUGAAACCGCCGUCUACGAGGACUUCGUUGGCCCCGCAGAAUCGGCUCACUUGGAGGAGGACGUAGAAGAAGAGGACAGGGAUGCAUUGGUUGUCAGGUUGGGGUCCUUUGAUUCCAUCUCUACUACGAGCUUAAGUAGCCUCACUGGUAAUGACGAUCCCGCGAACCUCGCAGAUGACUUUCAAGAUCUUAGGGAGAUGGAGAAUACCGAAACCGCUCUCACUACUUCCGGCUCUCGCAUCCACCUCGACGAACUGAGAUGGGAUCCAGUUCCAUCUGCGCGUGACGGGCGUCUGCAUACUGCGUCGAUACCAUCACCUCGUACCGUGACGUCUUCGUUACUGACUGGAGCCCCAGUCCAUCGUCGCGAUCAUUCAGAUUACGCCGGGCGCAGAGACACCACCUCUAUCCCUCCCCGUAGUGCACCUAUUCCUGUGCCAGUUCUUCGUUCUCGUCGUACUGUGGCUAUCGACGAUCGCACCCCUGUCACACCGCCGCGUCAGACCCCUGUUGCCCUCUCCCCACCCCCAACUGUUACCCCCCGUCUCUACUCCUGGGGCCGCGCCCCUGUUUCCCCAUCCUCAGGCAGUCCUUUCACUAACCCCGCUGCCCGCACAUCCUACACUCACCUUUCUCCGGCUAUUAUUCGUCUUCGAGACGUGGUUUUCUAA